UCCACCUCCAGCCGCAGCAGCUGCAGCUGCAGCACGGCCGGCAACACGAGAGAAGCACGAAACGGCGAACCGGCCUCUCCCUAUCCCCUUUCCCUUGUGGUGAGAAGGCGCCGGGACGAUGUUUUACGCCCACUUUGUCCUCAGCAAACGUGGGCCGCUGGCCAAGAUCUGGCUGGCGGCCCACUGGGACAAGAAGCUGACCAAGGCUCACGUGUUUGAGUGCAAUCUGGAGAGCAGCGUGGAGAGCAUCAUCUCACCUAAGAUGAAAAUGGCUUUGCGAACGUCGGGGCAUCUGCUGCUGGGGGUGGUGAGGAUCUACCACCGGAAGGCCAAGUACCUGCUGGCAGAUUGUAACGAGGCCUUCAUCAAGAUCAAGAUGGCGUUUCGACCAGGCGUGGUAGAUCUUCCCGAGGAGAACAGAGAAGCGGCCUACAACGCCAUCACGCUGCCGGAGGAGUUCCACGACUUCGACCAGCCACUACCAGACCUCGACGAUAUUGACAUUGCUCAGCAGUUCAACUUGAACCAAAGCCGAGUGGAGGAGAUCACGAUGAGGGAGGAGGUGGGCAACCUCAACCUGCUGCAGGACAAUGACUUCGCUGACUUUGGUAUGGACGACCGGGAGCUGAUGCGGGAGGAGAGCGCCUUCGCCGUGGACAUCAUGGACGUGUCGGCGUCCAACCUGCUGCUGGAGGCCGACGGUGGCGCCAACGCGAUGGCGGACAAGUCCAACCAUCUGGAGUACGACGACCAGUACAAGGACGACUUCGGAGACAAUCCCAUGGAGAGCACCGUGGAAGGCAUGCUAGUGGACAAGCUGCUGAGCCACGAGGAGGGAGACGGCAUCUUUGACGACCCUCCCGCCGACCCUCCCGCCAUCGCAGAGAGCGUGAUGAUGCUGCAGGACCACGGAGACGACAACGAAGACGACUUCGAUGCUCUCUCAGCGGGAGCCCCAGAUAGUCCGGACUCAAAGACCCUCCCAGCCAUGGCCGACCAGACCGAACAGACCACCCUGGUUCACAACGAGGAGGAAACCUUCGCCCUGGAGCCCAUCGACAUCACGGUGAAGGAGACCAAGGCGAAGCGUAAGAGGAAGCUGAUUGUGGACAGCGUGAAGGAGCUGGAUAGUAAAACCAUCCGUGCACAGCUGUCUGAUUACUCUGACAUCGUCACCACCCUGGACCUGGCACCUCCCACCAAGAAGCUGAUGAUGUGGAAGGAGACGGGCGGAGUGGAGAAGCUUUUCACUCUCCCCGCUCAGCCUCUCUGGAACAGCAGGCUGCUGAAGAUGUUCACGCGGUGUCUGACACCGCUGGUGCCGGACGAGCUGAGGAAGAGGAGGAAAGGUGGAGAGGCUGACAGUUUGGAUGAGUUCCUCAAGGAUCUGGAGAACCCGGAGGUGCCCAGAGAGGAGACGGCAGGACACCAGCAGGGAGACAUCAUCGACCAGAUCCUCGUGGAAGAGGCCAGCGUUCUGCAGACCUCCGCUGUGGAAGGCAGCAGAACGACGCUGGACGAGUUGGUCAUGCCCCCUCCGUCCCCCCAACGGGGCCUCAAACGCAAAGCCCAGGACACAGAACCCGCCCUGCCUAUGGGAACUUUGGACCAGCAGCAGCCGCCGGGCCCCACGAAUGUGUCCCAGCAGCUGGAGGCGUCCAGUGUGGAUCUGCCCCCAGAGGAAACCAUCAGCCAGAUGAUCGAGCUGGACCUGCUCGGAGACAAGAAGAAGAACGACGACUCUGAUGACGAGGAGGAGGAGGUGCAGGGAGACCAGGACCAGGAGGAGAAGAGGUGGAACAAAAGGACCCAGCAGAUGCUCCAUGGCCUCCAGAGGGUGAUGGCCAAAACAGGCGCCCAGUCGGUCGGCCUGCUGGAUCUGUGCAGGAACAACAACAAGAAACAGGCGGCCGCUAAGUUCUACAGCUUCCUGGUUCUGAAGAAGCAGCAGGCGGUGGAGCUGGUCCAGGAGGAGCCUUACAGCGACAUCGUGGCUACACCCGGAGCUCGCUUCAACGUCAUCUAGAAAAACACAACUUUAAAAUUCCAAAAAGGGGAACAAGCAAAACAACUCUUCAGUGUAUAUUCUGAACAUAACAUUGUGUGCCUGUUGUUUUUUUAUUACUUUGUUUGGUGUAUGAUGUGGAGUUUAAUCUUCUGUCUGCCAAUAUUAUCAAUCAGUGGUGGGAGGAAAGAGGUCUGAAUAACAUGGUUGAACUAUAAGGAAGUUUACUUUACAAAUACCACAGUAAGGGUUGAAACUCCAAACAAUGGCCACUUGUCCUAUUUUUAUUCAUUAUUUAUUGUACCAUUUUAAUCAAAACUCACUUUAUAGCCAAGUUUGUAGGAAGUUAAAAAAAAAAAUUAUAACACACUGCAUUCCUUUUUAGUUUGGAGUUGCUUUCUACAGUGUUUUUUUAAGUAGAUGUCACUGGCAUAUUUAAAGGAACAGUACGCUUAAAUAGAUGUCAGUGACAUAUUUAAAGGAACAGUACGCUCAAAUAGAUGUCACUGGCAUAUUUAAAGGAACAGUACACUCAAAUAGAUGUCAGAGGCAUAUUUAAAGGAACAGUACGCUCAAAUAGAUGUCACUGGCAUAUUUAAAGGAACAGUACACUCAAAUAGAUGUCAGAGGCAUAUUUAACGGAACAGUACGCUCAAAUAGAUGUCAGAGGCAUAUUUAAAGGAAUAGUACGCUCACUGUGGGAGUGAUAACUCAGUCAACCAUGUUACUCGGAGUCGCAUCGGUCCCACCACUGAAGGAAAAGAAGUUCUCAUGUACACUGACAUUAGCCGAAUGGAGCAUGCACUAUAUCCCGUCUGCUACAGGACAUUUAAACAGUUACUACGGUGGUAAUUUGCAGACUCAACCAGCAAUUAACCAUCGUACAACUGUAGCGGAGCACCUUAGGCUCCAAGUAGUCGUUUUGGAAAAUGCGUUGCUUGCAUUGUCGACUGUUUGCACAAAACUGUAGUUAUUUCCCAAAUCCACUUUAAAAAAAGAAGCUUCCGUGUCUACCUAUAGAUGUUGUAAACAUCAGUGGUCUGCAUAGUUGCAUGCACUGUUCUGAAGUUGAAUUGCUACAGAAAAUACAAUUUCUAAUACCGUGUUGCUCUUUUAUUCUUAAAAAGACUUGACGUUUGAGAUAGAUUUUUUCAUUUAUUUGGGUCCCUUUUAUAUAUAUAUAUGUAUAAUCAUUUAGUUACAUCUGGGUGCCAUACAAUAAUGUAGAACUCCUGCAAGUGUAAAUCAAAAAGAUACUGAGUCAAUAUUCAUUUAUUGAUGGAAUAUAUACAAUAUAUAGAUAGAAAAAGAGAAUAAACUAAUUAUUUGUAAGGCAAAUGGAUUUUUAAAUCUAAAGAAUGACCUGAUAAAACAAUCAAGUGAACUUUGUGAAGUCUGAAACGAUAUAUUCGUUAUGAACGCUGUCGUUUGGACUCUAAACUCAUCGUACUAGAAAUUACAUGUGUUGUAUUUGAUAUCCACUUCCAUAUAAAAAUAUGUCGCUUCCUUAACUGAUGUACACAUGGCUUGUAGUUGUAACGUCACCUGUGCUUCUUAUAUUCUUAACUAUGUGCCUGUACACCUGCCUUUUUAUUUUGUAUAAAAGCCAAGACAAAUCUUCCGAUAUUGCGAUGUUCGUGAGCAGUUUCAGCCGUAUGCCUGUAGAACCCGAGUCCUGGAAACUGUUGCAACAUUUUUUCAAAAUAAAACAAAUACUAUGGAGCAGUAUUUUAAAAUUG